AUGGUGAUGAUAAUAGGUUUGUUGUACCUAUUCCUCUCUGUCACCGCGGAUGAUGGAAAUUUCACGCCUGCAUCUAUUGGUUACGACCCAAGUACCAAGACGCAGGACGGAUCGUGGGAGAACAGUUCUCACAGUGAGAAUAUUUCUGGAAGUUCCCAUUUCCAAACUACAAGUGAGUUUCCAACAUCCGCCAAACUCCCGACUGAUGGUGCCGAACAAAACCAUGAAUCAUUUACCAUGCUGACAGUUUACAUGACAUCCUCUGAAGGGCUACACGUAGAGACGGUAUCUAUGGAACGAAAAGUUGUUUCUAGGGAAUAUCCUGUGAUGCCGGUUGGCCAUUCCACAGUCAAGGUGCCUAGCACUUCAGAUGAAUGGCCUACCACUGGCGAUGGAUAUCCCGAAGACAUUGAUGUCGGGGCGUUGUCCACAUCUGUAGCAAUUGAUGCAAACGGAGGCAACGGUACAUCCGCCACCGAAGAAGCUAGCUUUGCAUGGUCUUCAAUUCCCUGGAACCCCCUGGUGAUAAUCCAGAUGAUUUUCUCCCUGCUAGGCAUUUUCGGCAACGCACUUGUCAUAGUUGUUCUGUAUCAGCAUCGUGCGGCUAACCGAGUCACCGAUACCCUGAUUGGAAACCUAGCAGCGGCAGAUCUGUUGACAUCUCUGUUCGUGAUACCCAUUCCCAGGGUCCUGCACGUCCCAGGAAGUUGGGAGGGACAGGUAUACUGUAAGGUGAUCCAGUCGUCUGUUCUGAUGUGGGCCAACAUGGCUGUCUCAACGUACCUCCUUGUCGCUGUCAGUAUUGAGAGAUAUCUAGCGGUCGUCCACCCAGUCUACUUCUCAAUGAUUCUCAGCCGAUGUCGUGUCAAGUCGACCAUCGUUCUAAUCUGGAUCGUCAACUACGUUAUCACUGGUAUCUAUGCUUACUUCAUUGUCAACUCCUAUAAUGGCAGGUGCACAAUGAUCUUCACCAAGGAUUUCAUCGGAGCAGUUACCGGGACUGCUCUCUUCCUCUAUCGGAUUUUCUUCCCAUCCCUCAUCAUGGUAAUCACCCAAGUUCUCAUCGCAAGGAAAUUAUACCAUCAAGCCGUCUGGUUCCGAUCAAACGCUGGUGGCGCUGCCUCCGAAGGAAACGUCCACCUGACCGCUAGAAGCAGAGUCAUCCAGUUAAUGCUCAUUGUCAUUAUGAUCUACGUCCUGUGCUGGAUUCCAAGUCAGGUGGGUUUCUUGCUCUACACCACCUCAGUCAUCCCUCCCUGGUACCCUUACAGUAUCUAUCACCGAAUCCUGACCCUCUUCGGGUUCUUCAACUCGUGUGCUAAUCCCAUCAUCUAUACACUGCGUCACGAGCAGUUCCGUCAAGCCAUUGCUGAUCUCUUCAAGAGAGAUUUACCAGUAACCAUGAGCGUCCCUCUAUUUGGACGUCAGCUCAAAAAAAGUCAACAGGAACAAGGAGCUGUCUGA